AUGAUAUUUUCUAUCUGCAGAAAUAUCACUACUACUAACACUGCUAUCGCUAUUCCUGCUGCAUCGAUAUCAUCUUUAUCAAAGAUUUUUACUCCAUCAAAUUUCCAUACUAUCACGAAAACAGGGAAUUUCACAAAAUUAUCAUCAUUAAUGUUGAUAAGGAGACCGAUUGUGUCCUUAACUUCAAAAAGAAAUAAUUCAAAUUCUUUAUUAACAUCAUCGUCUUUAUUAAAUUCUCUUUCGUCUGUUAACAAGACCAAUAAGAAUAACGGGUGGAGAUUGAUUCCCGUACGUCAUGCAUCUUACAGAAAAUUAAAAACGCAUACCGGCACUAAAAAACGGCAAAUGGCGCGGACUGCCAGGCGGUAUAUUCCAACGACUGAAAACCGAACUCAACGAUCUAAACUUCUACGAUUAAUGCCAUACUCGAAAACUAUCAAGAAAAUGCGUAGAUUAAGCCCCGCUGAGAUUUUUUCGAACGUUAAUGCACGAUGA